AAAAAAAAAGAAGGAAAAAAGGGUCAGUCAGUCAGUCCCGCCCAAAGCUUCCCUCUCCGUUUUCACCGGAGACUCGCCGUUGGGUUUCAGAUUCGCUCUCUCUUCUUCCAUCCACGUGGCGUUUCUAGGGUUUUUUUUUUCUUUUUCCGUUUCGUCUCUAUAUUGAUUUCGAUUUCAAGUAGCGCGGAACACCGGGAUGGAGAAAACUCCGACGCAGAUAGUUUCCGAACUGGGUUCUCGUUUGCUUCAGUUAUCUCGUCCAAAUAAGGAUUCUCUGGUCAAAUUACUACGGGAAGUUGCUAAUACUCUGUCACAGAUCGACCAGCCUCCAGCCAUCAACAAGGAGAAAGGUCUGAAACUGCUAGAAGUUGAGUUAAGACCUCUGAAGAAAUCCAUUAUAAAGCAUGGUCUUCUUGAAAAUCAAGAUAAUGACGUGAGUCUUAUGGUCACUAUUUGUGUCUCCGAGCUUUUUCGGAUUUUAGCACCUCAUCUACCUUUUGAAGACAAGUAUCUCAAGGAUAUCUUCAAUCUCUUUCUUGCUGAGUUUUCUGAGCUAUCUGAUACUGUUAGCCCUUAUUUCUCCAAGAGGGCGAAAAUAUUGGAGACAGUCUCUCGAUUGAAAUGUUGUCUUCUAAUGCUUGACGAGGACCAAGAUUUAGCUCAGGAGAUGUUUAGGAAGUUCUUCUCUCUUGUAAGAGAGCAUCAAAAGAGUUUAAUUAACCAGAAAAAUAGUAAAACGCAGCAGCGAAAGGCUAGCGUGCAGCAAACACAGCAAAGUUUAUUUAACAACAUUUUAACGAUAAUGACUGAUAUUCUGGAGGAAGAGGCAGAUUCGUCUUUUGUCAUUAUUAUUCUGGAAAAUCUUGUGAAGGAGAGUGAGGACACAACUUCUGCUUCUGGUAAGCUUGCCAGUUCUGUCAUUGAAAGCUGUACCGACAGGCUCGAGCCGUUGAUUUGCAGCUUUUUAACAUCAUGUUUUCUGGAGAAAGAUUCCAUCCAGACCGAUCUCAAAUAUUCUUAUCACGAAAUCAUAUUUAAGAUCUCCUUAAUUGCUCCCAAGAUGCUGCUAGCAGUUAUCCCGAAAUUGACCCGAGAGCUACUGACUGAUCAGGUCGAUGUGCGAAUAAAAGCCCUUAACUUAGCUGGAAGAAUUUUCGCACAGCCUAAGCACUGUCUUAGCUCUUACGGAGAGACAUAUCAAGAUCUUUAUGCAGAGUUUUUGAGAAGAUUCUCAGAUAAAUCUGCAGAUGUCAGAAUGGCUGCACUGAAAUGUGGCAAACAGUGUUACUUUGCGAAUCCGUCUGGAAACAAAACAUCUGGAGUUCUCACUGCUAUCCAAGAACGCCUAUUAGAUUUUGAUGAUAAAGUUCGAACAGAGGCUCUGGUUGUUGCUUGUGAUAUUAUGAAGUUUAAUAUGAAGUAUGUUCCUUUGAAUCUGAUUUCUGAAGCUAGUGAGAGGCUUCGGGAUAAGAAGAUAUCUGUUAGGAAGAAGGCUCUGCAGAAGCUGACAGAAGUAUAUCAAGAUUAUUGUGACAAGUGUUCAGAAGGAGACAUGACAAUAAAUGAACAUUUUGAGCAAAUCCCAUGCAAAAUCUUGCUACUUUGCUGCGAUAAAAAUUGUGAAGAAUUCAGGUCCCAAAAUUUGGAGCUUGUGCUUUCCGAUGAUCUUUUUCCUCGCCUUCUUCCAGUUGAGGAGAGGAUGCGGCACUGGGUCCAAUGCUUUGCCAUUAUGAAUAAUAUCCACUUGAAGUCACUCAAUUCAAUUUUAUCUCAGAAAAGAAGGUUGCAAAAUGAAUUGCGGCAUUGCCUAACCCUCUGGAGGACAUCUAAGGAUGGCAAUAUAGAAGAAGCGCAAAGAAAGAAAAAGAGCUACUUCGUAAAGCUUUCAGCUUGCUUUCCAGAUGCUUCUGAGGCAGAAGAUUUCUUUCAAAAAUUAGACCAAAUGAGGGAUGCAUCAAUUUUUGAUGCUUUAACUUUACUGCUGGAUGAACUGUCAUCCACAAAUGCCCAGAUCAUUAAAGAGAAGUUUCUCAAGACGAUCGGUGCUAAACAUUCUCUUUUUGAGUUCCUGCGCAUACUUUCUACAAAAUGUUCGCCUAAUAUAUUUAGCUCAGAGCAUGUUCAGUGUCUUUUGAAUCAGCUUUGUGGCAGCACCUCUGUUAACACUCAAUUGGAGGCUGCUUCCAUCAAACUUCUUCUGGUUAUUCUUAACAUGUUCCCUUCUUACCUGAGAGGUUCAGAAAAGCAGUUUCUGAAGCUACUAGAGGAGAAUGAUCCAGCUGCUGACGAGUUAACUGUAGUUUUAUCAAAGGCAGCUCCUUACAUAUCUGUCAACUUCGGUGACUAUUACCCUGUUCUGGAGAAGGUGUGUCUUGAGGGUACUCGUUCUCAGGCAAAAUAUGCGGUUUCUGCCAUCGGUUCAUUGGCUGGAUCAUCUGAUAAAUAUGUCUUUUCCGAGUUAUGCGAGAGGCUCUUGGAUUCUUUGCUGGCUGGACGGAACAUUCCAACAACUUUGCAGUCUUUGGCGUGUGUUGGGCAAUAUUCUGUUUUGGCAUAUGACAAUAUAUAUGAAGAUAUCACCAGCUACAUAUACCAAGUUUUUCAAGCGGAACCAUCUGACAGUCAACUGCUUUGUGAUCAGUCUUCUGGUUGUUGCAACUCUUGCAAGCUUAAGAUAUAUGGGCUCAAAACACUUGUGAAAAGUUUCUUGCCUCGUCAUGGUCAAGUCGUAAGGAAGAUCGAUGACUUGCUAGACAUUUUGAAGAAAACAUUAAAAUCACAAGGACACGAUGGCAUCAAGUCAUGCGAUGACACAGGGGCUAAUGUUAGACUGGCUGCUGCUAAAGCUGUUCUAUUGCUUUCAAGGAAAUGGGACCUUCAUAUUUCUCCUGAAAUUUUCCGUCUUACCAUUUUGAUGGCAAAGGAUUCCAACGCCUUUAUCACCAAGACUUUUCUCACCAAAUUGCACAAGCUAGUGACCGAACAUAUGAUACCCAGUCGAUAUGCAUGUGCUUUUUCGUUUUCUGUGUCUACUCCAUGCAGAGAUCUGCAAAAUGAUUCAUUUAGAUACAUCAAUGGAUUCAUCAACAAUGCUACAAGAGAAUCUCGAGCAUGUCGGGAUUUAGAUAAAGGAGAAUCACUCACUGAUAGUCCAGCUUACAUGAUAGUGUUCCUAAUUCAUGUUCUUGCACAUGACCCAGAGUUCCCUUCAGAAGACUGCAGGGAAGAGCAUGUCUAUACUAGCUUUUGUGGCCCUCUGUUCUCGGUCUUACAGGUGUUACUUAGUAUCAAAAACAAUGGUUAUACAAUCAAGGAAACCGCCCCUUUCUUGUUUUGUAUCUUCCGUGCAAUUAAAAGAGCUGAGGAUGCUGUUGAUUCUCGUAAAACGCCUAGGCUGCACAUUCUAGCUGAUAUUGGUUACUCAGCUGUCAACAUAUUAAAUAGUAUUGUAGUCAGGUCUCCACAAACCCCACGGUCAAUUUUGCUGCCAUCAUCAUUGUACAGUCUCACUAGCAUAACGAAUAACCAGAAUAAGGCUAAGUCUCGUGCCCAAAAUGCCUUGGAACAAAGUUUCAUUGAAAGAGUAGUUCAUAUAUUCCAAUCACAGAAUUCCCUGCUCUCCAAGCAUGAUCGGAGGUGUCAAGAAGAUAGCCUAGCAGUUGGUUCGGAAGAUAAAAUUUUACCUCCAUUAUUGGGCAAUCAAAUUGAAACCUCGAUUACUGGUUCAACUGAAACCAGCAAAAACAACACGAGGUGUAGCAGGAAGCGAACUCAUCAGGGAGAACAAAUUUCUUGUAACUCCAAAUUUUUGAGAACAGUUGAGUCGGAAAUUCCUAUAAAGAAGCUAGAAAGACACAAUACUCGUUCAAAGGAGAGUAUCGACGCAAGUGUAAGCAAUAAAAUUACAUCUUCCAAACACUCCGGGGUAGUAUCUGCUUUAAAGAAUAUCAGCAACCACGGCGAAGCAAUCAUUGGGCAGCGGAUUAAAUUACUCUCUCCCGCAGAUGGAUGUUUCCAUCGGGGCACUAUUGAAAAGUUUAACUCUAAAAGCAACUCUCAUAAGAUUAUUUUCGAUAAUGGGGAUGUUGAAUUGGUUUGCUUGGAUAGCGAGAGCUGGGAGACCCUGAGCCAUGAAUCCUUGCAGCAACAGGAAAUAUUGGGAAAGGAGACGGAAUCGUUUGCUUCUCAGAAUUGCGUCCCUGGAAUUAGUCAUACACUCGCAAAGGCUAAUGCCCAAAAGCAGAAAACGACAGCAAAGCAGCAGAACAAAAAGUUGCCAACCAAAUUGAAUCCUCCAGCUGCAGCGAACUCAAAGAAAGGAAAUUCGGUUUCUGGAGAAGGAUCAGUUUCAGAAGUGACCGACCCAAGUGACAAUAUUGGACUCAGAAGAAGUCGGAGACAGAGAACUUCGUAAGAAGAUGAUCCCCACUAUAGCAAACGGAGUUCCUAAAUUAUGUUUAUAAACGACCUCGUACAAAAUAAUGAACGAAUCCAUUGUCUUAGAGUUAAAAAGUGUUGAUGAUGAUGAUGACCCAAACCAAAGAAAAAGAGAAAAAGUUGUUCUCUCUUUUUUUUUUUGUUUCUCGACUUAAAGGUCAAUUAAUUUUCAUACGUAA